AUGCCAUCAGAGAACGGUGGUACGGCGGAGGAUGGGGUUCUGACCGAGGAUUGUAUUUUGCGUGCCUCGCGUCAGUACGAUGUGGAGAUGAUCUUCCAGGUCUCGCUGCGCUCACGCGGACUCCGUUUAUUGAGUGACGGGUUUGUGAAUUGUUGUGCGCUCACGCGUGUGGAUCUCUCACGCAACCGCCUCGCCAGUCUUGAGGGCAUUGCCCUUCUUGCCGACUCGCUCACCCACAUUAAUGUCUCUGAGAAUGAAAUUGAAGACGUCGUUGGUAUUGACCGCUGCUCAAUUCUAGAGGAGGUGCUCUUGGAGGGAAACCAGCUGAGCAAGGCGACAGCACUUGCGCCGUUAGCACAGCUUCCCAAACUUCGAUGCCUUGUUCUGCAGCGGGAGAUACCUCUGUCUAACGACACGGACGAAACACUUCUUCUUGACAAUCCCAUUUGCCGGGAGCGUGAGGUCUAUGAGAAACUCGUUCGGCAGCACUUCAGCGCCGUUCUCUGCGUCGAUGGCCGCUGCUUUCGUGAUCCUUCCGCGAGGGAAUUAGUAGCCGAGACAGUGUCAUCGUCACCAUCGAUGCUGCUACUCUCAAAAGCCGCAUUGAAGGACAUGGUCGACCUGGAGGACGAUUUGGACAAGCGUAUCUUCGCUAACGCUGUGGUGGAGUGUCAUGCCGCGUGCCGAAAGGCAUUGUUGUCAUAA